AUGGCGACCUCCAUACAGGAGCACAUUGCGGAAGCUACUCGAGAAAAACUACAGGAAUACGAAACAUUACGAGGUAAUCUAGUUGGUGAUUUGCCAUUCUGGGAUUUGGUCGUGAUCACAGCAGCCGAUGAAGCCCAAGCCAGUGCUUAUAAACUACAGAUAUAUGACAAACUGAGCAAGAGAGAAAUCCCUGAUGGUAUAACCUAUCACGUCUUUUCUGAUCCAGUAGGCCCCAAGAUUGGAAAUGGAGGUUCAACUUUGGCAGCCUUGGCCGAACUGGAGAAACUACACAAAGAUCUGCUGUGUAAUUACAAAAUACUCUUGAUAAAUGCUGGCGGAAUGAGUCAACGUCUUCCUCAUGCCAGCCUUCUUGGGAAAAUAUUUACAGCUAUGCCAGUAGGGAAUCCCAUCUAUCAAAUGAUAGACCUUAAACUCGCCAUGUAUAUAGAUCUGCCAUCACGUAUGAAACCAGGUAUAUUUGUAUGCUCCGCAGACACUAUAGAGCUGUAUGAUGUGCGGGGUGACGAACUGCAGUGGUCGUUUAAAGAGCCUGGUUUGACGGCCUUAGCACAUCCGUCAGCGAUUGAAAUUGGUACUGGGCAUGGAGUGUUUGUAUUGCCAAAACAGGAGAAUUAUAAGCAUGUGAAAGCUUAUAUGACAGAGUGCUUGGAAUUUCUACAUAAACCAUCUAUUGCAGUGAUGCGAAAGAAAGGUGCUGUCAUCCCCGACAAAAUGGCCUCAGAUUGUAACACCAGUAAUCUUACAGGAGCGAAUGGAGGCGACUGCCAGCCAGAGGUCGUAUACACUGACAGUGCCUUUUACAUCGACGCUCCCACCAUUAAGAAACUGGCAGAGUACUAUCGCCAAGUUCAACCUCUUCAAUGCGAGAUUGAUGCCUAUGGAGAUUUCUUACAGGCACUGGGACCAAACGCUAGCAUGGACUACACCAAUAAUGUUGACAAUGUGGUAAAAGUAACUGAUGAGCUCAUCGCCAAGCGUCAAGAGAUAUUCAAUCUUUUGAAAGGAACUCAGUUGAAUGUGAUAGCCAUGAAUGAAUCAAAUUUCUAUCACCUGGGCACCACCACUGAGUAUUUACACCACUUUUGUUGCAACCCCUCCUUCACGGAUGAACUCGGCAGUACCAACGAUGUGUUCAACUUGCGUAUGGGGAAGAGUAAGAAUGCAGAUGAGCCAGCAGCAAAGAUGCCUCGAAUAUCCGAUGGAAAGGGAUGCACCAUGCAUUCAGCUAUUAAAGACAGUCUUGAGGAUUCCCACCCAUUUGUUGUAGAGUAUUGUAAUUUUAGUGCUCAGGCAGAUAUUCACAUUGGUAGAAAUUGUAUCGUAAGCAUGUGUUGUGUGAGUGGAAAGAAACGAAUAUCCAUUCCUGAUAAUACCUUUCUUCACACUGCUUGUGUACGUCUUGAAAAAGACGCCAGAUAUGUCACAAUAGUACUUAAUAUCCAUGAUAACCUUAAAACCAAGGUUGGCCAGGCAAGUAUAGGUGAUCUAGUAUUCUUAGGUAAACCCCUUAGUGAGUUGUUCACUAAUUUCUCAUCGGAUGAGGCAAAGUGUCUCUUUCCAGCACGUAUGGAGGAGUAUAGUAUUUGGGAUGCAAAGCUUUUCCCAGUGUCAGACAACAUGGAUAAUGCCUUGUUUGCUGCCCUUGAUAUGGCCACUAUCGUCAAACAGAAGGGGCAGUUUGACGAUCUCUCUAGUUUUCAUGUUGGUCGUAUAUCUAUCUCUGAUAUUUUACUGAAGAAAGAUAUUCAGACCAUGCUGUUUUAUAGAGACAAUCUCUAUAAAAUUAACCUGCGUAGUAGUAUGCUUUUCAUUAUAGUCAUCACUAUACAUUCUACAUUUGAAUCUUUAUUUUUCCAUCCUAAUCUAAUUUGA